AACCGUAGCAGACUGUAGGGCCUAUCCGGUUGGGUAUUCUACCGACAACCGUAACGUUAGAGAGGCGCAGAGCCAGAGAGAAUAGGAGAGGAGCUGGACAACGGGCAAGAGGAACCAUGGGACAUGGAGUAGGCUGAAGCAGAGGGUCUAGCAGCACACACCAAUUGUUUCCCACUGUGGUGUAUGACAUGGCCACGGCCUCAUCCAGAGCAGAGUCUAGCCAUAACCACAGAGGAACGACACAGCUUCAUGCCAUUGUUUCCUGUGCCAAAAUCAAGAGGAAGAAGAGCCUGUUUGGGACUGCCAUUUAUGUGGAGGUGACAGCAGAAGGGGAGUCGCGCCGUACAGCGAAGUCUCACAGCUCCUCCAGUCCUAAAUGGGAUGAGAGGCUCACUCUGAAUGUAACACCGCACACACAUGUGGAUUUCAAAGUAUGGAGUCACCACACCCUGAAAGCAGAUGCUCUGCUGGGCAAAGCCACACUGGACCUAAUGCAAGCCUUGGAGCAGCAUGACAGAAAAUUGGAGAAUGUGAAGGAGGUGCUGAAGCUGAGCGUGGAGCAGAAGGGUGCUCUGGUGCCCACUGGGGAGCUGACUGUUUUCCUAGAUGGACUGACUGUCACCGACCAGGAGGAACUGGCACAGCUUACCAACAGCAAUGCCGCAAAUGGCACCAAAGUCCAACAGAAUGGUGAUGCCAUCCACGAAAAUGGAGACUCAUCGUCCUCUUCCUCAAGGGCUGCCAACAGCACAGUGAAUGGUACAGACUUGGGGCCAAGGUCAGAUUCCUGUUCGGCCUCCAAUGGUGUGGAUGGUGAGGUGCCUUCAAGCUCCUGCAGCCCUGCCCUUGGUCAUGUCGUCAAUGGAGAUGCCACACCCAACUCCACCCCAGUCCACCAACCCUCAGACAGUGACACAGAGAGCAGGACAGUCAACGGGGAGUCUUGUGAUGUUGCUCUUGGGCCAUCAUCUGUGACAGCAGGUGAUGUGCUGUCCCCUGCAGAUGACCACGAGGACUGCAGUCAAGAUGCCGUCCUGCCAGACUCUGUCACAGCACCAAAUAGCACAUCUCAACCCCCGCCACCCUCCACACUGACUCCAGCCUCCACUUCUGCUGCUAAGCCUCCUGACGGCACCGCUGCUGCUUCCUCCACAAUCACCUCCUCAGCCCAGGGGGCUGCCACCCCCACCACCACCCCCACCACCACCACCACCACCACCACGACAACCUCCUCAUCAUCGUCCUCUUCCUCCCCAGCACAGGGAGAGGCAAAUGCUUCAGGAGCUGGUGGUGGUAACAGUAGUAGCAGUGCAACUGUAACUACAGAUGGGGCCAAGCCCAGACAACAGGCCCCCAAUGCUGGAGCCUCAGAUCCUCUUCCACCAGGAUGGGAGCAGAGGAAAGACCCGCAUGGGAGAACGUACUAUGUAGACCACAACACCAGGACUACCACCUGGGAAAGACCACAGCCACUACCACCGGGCUGGGAGCGCCGAGUGGAUGACCGGGGCAGGAUCUAUUAUGUGGACCAUAACACCCGCACCACCACAUGGCAGCGUCCCACUAUGGAAUCAGUCCGCAACUUUGAGCAGUGGCAGAGCCAACGCAGCCAACUGCAGGGAGCUAUGCACCAGUUUAACCAGAGAUACCUCUACUCUGCAUCCAUGAUGUCUGCUGAGAACGACCCUCUUGGCCCGCUACCUCCUGGCUGGGAGAGACGUGUGGACUCCAAUGACCGGGUGUACUUUGUAAACCAUAACACCAAGACAACACAGUGGGAGGACCCCCGAACCCAAGGGCUACAAAAUGAGGAUCCUCUGCCUGAAGGUUGGGAGAUCCGGUACACAAGGGAAGGGGUUCGCUACUUUGUAGAUCACAACACCCGGACCACCACUUUCAGCGACCCCCGCACUGGAAAGUCCUCCGUCACCAAAGGCCCUCAGAUUGCUUAUGAGCGCAGCUUCCGAUGGAAGCUUGCCCAUUUUCGCUACUUGUGCCAGUCCAAUGCUCUCCCUAGCCAUGUGAAGAUCACUGUCUCCAGACAGACGUUGUUUGAAGACUCUUUCCAACAAAUUAUGGCUCUCAAGCCGUAUGACUUGAGGAGGAGACUCUACGUCAUCUUCAGAGGCGAAGAGGGUCUUGACUAUGGUGGCUUAGCCCGAGAGUGGUUCUUCCUGUUGUCCCAUGAAGUGCUGAACCCCAUGUAUUGUCUGUUUGAGUACGCCGGCAAGAGCAACUACUGUCUGCAGAUCAACCCAGCCUCAGCUAUCAACCCGGACCACCUCUCCUACUUCUGCUUCAUAGGCCGCUUCAUUGCAAUGGCACUUUUCCACGGCAAGUUUAUCGAUACAGGCUUCUCUCUGCCUUUCUAUAAACGCAUGCUGAACAAGAAGCUCAUCCUCAAAGAUCUCGAGUCCAUUGACCCAGAGUUCUACAACUCACUCAUAUGGAUCAGGGACAAUAACAUUGAAGAGUGUGGUCUGGAGAUGUACUUCUCUGUAGACAUGGAGAUCUUGGGGAAAAUCACCUCUCAUGACCUCAAACCCGAUGGCGCCAAUGUCCUGGUUACUGAGGAGAACAAGGAGGAGUAUAUCAGUCUAAUGGCCGAAUGGAGGUUCUCCCGUGGGGUAGAAGGUCAGACCAAAGCUUUCCUGGAUGGUUUCAACGAGGUGGUUCCACUUCAGUGGCUCCAGUACUUUGACGAAAAGGAGCUGGAGGUGAUGCUAUGUGGCAUGCAGGAGGUGGACCUGCAGGACUGGCAGAGGAACACAGUGUACCGACACUACACCAGGAACAGCAAACAGAUCAUCUGGUUCUGGCAGCUGGUGAAAGAAGUGGACAAUGAAGUGCGACUGCGGCUCAUGCAGUUUGUCACUGGAACCUGCAGGCUUCCUCUGGGUGGCUUUGCUGAACUCAUGGGAAGUAACGGACCCCAGAAGUUCUGCAUUGAGAAGGUGGGGAAGGACACGUGGCUUCCUCGGAGCCACACCUGUUUUAACCGUCUGGACUUGCCCCCCUACAAAAGCUUUGAACAGCUGAAAGAGAAGCUGCUCUUCGCCAUCGAGGAAACAGAAGGAUUUGGCCAAGAAUAGAGGGAGGAGUCCUCUUGUCUUCUCCCCCUCCCCCAUCGCUGUUUAUUCAGUCAAACAAACAAACUAAAAAAAAUUGCACAAGAUAACCACCAAUGUAUAUAAGCUAUUUUCUCAUCUUAAACCAAAUCUUAAUUUGCAGCAUCAUUUUUGCUGCAGUCCUGUUCCCUAGCCCUUAUAUAUUAUAUGAUACCCCAUCAUGAAAUAUGCAAGCAUUUCAGCAUUUUUGCUCCUCUGUUUAAAAACAGAAAUCAUGGAUAUUUUUUUUAUUUCCUCCCCACUGCUGACUGGCUUUUUAAAAUAGACUGAAAGUGUUUUUGAGAGGAUUUUAUAGUAGAAGCGUAAUCUACUUUUAAAGCUCUAGUUCUAUAGAGCUUUUAAAAGGCAGGAGCAGUACUGCGGUCUGGUGCCUGAAUUUCUUUUUUUCCUGUUGGACCCAUAGUAAUUGUUGCAAUUUUUUGUGUGCUUGCAUGGCUGCCUCGGAAGAUGAGAAGACUGUCUUCCACCACCCCUCACACACAGACAUUUUAGCAUGGAUCGCUCAGUCUCUAAAUUAGCUUUUUUUUUUUU